GACGUGAUGUUGGAGAACUACAGGAACCUGGUGUCAGUAGGCAGGGCAUCAAGCCAGCAAACCAGACUCGCCAAGCUGGAGCUAGGGGAAGAACCGUGGGCGAUAGAAGAGGAAGUCCGCAGUGGAACCAGUCCAGGGGGAGAGAAGAGGACUAGGAUCCCCAGAGAAGCAGAAUAAAAAACAUGAGAACCUCAGGCAAGAUGGAGGAAAGCAGGGAUAUGAAAGGAGGUCCUGACAAGAGACAAGAAAUGAAUGAAGAAAGAGGAGGUUCCACGACCCAGACAGUGUCAUUUCUGGAGCACUUUUGACUGGCUACUAGAUUUCUAACUAGAAAUUUGGGGCAUAUCCGGAAGAGACAAAAACAGAAUAUCCCAGUUGUUGGCCAUUUCUCAAAACAGAAGAAAAUGAUCAAUGCCCAGGAAUCACUGACACUGGAGGACGUGGCCGUGGACUUCUCCCGGGAGGAGUGGCGGCUCCUGGCCCCCGCCCAGAAGGACCUGUACCGGGAUGUGAUGUUGGAGAACUACAGGAACCUGGUGUCAGUGGGGCAUCAAGCCAGCAAACCAGACGUGCUCGCCAGGCUGGAACGAGGGGAAGAACCGUGGGCGAUAGAAGAGGAAGUCCGCAGUGGAACCAGUCCAGAAACUGGCAAAGUUGAUAAUCACCUGCAGGGUCACUGGGAAGAUGAAAGAAUGCUGAAAGGUAUGGAACUGUACCCCGAACACAAUGCAUUCGGAAAUAUCGUCCCUCAAAGCAAAAGUCAUUUUCCUUUCAGGCAAAAUCAUAUGUUUGAGUUCUAUAUAAAAACUUUGAAAUCAAAUUUAAGUUUAGCCAACCAGAGCAAGAUCUAUGAAAUUAAGAACUCUACAAAAGUCAACAGAAGUGAGAAAUCAUUUCUGCAUGAUAAGUGUGAAGAUUUUCAUUCUGCGGUUAAAUUCCCUGUAAGUACAAGACCCGUCAGCAAUAAGUCCCAAGUCACUAAGCAUCAGAGAACUCAUGAAAUAGAGAAAGCCCAUGUGUGUGGUGAGUGUGGAAAAGCCUUCGUUAAGAAGUCUCAGCUGACAGAUCAUCACAGAGUUCAUACAGGAGAGAAACCUUAUGGAUGCAAUAUUUGUGCAAAAGUUUUCUCCAGAAAGUCCAGGCUCAACGAACAUCAGAGAAUUCAUAAAAGAGAGAAAUCCUUUAUAUGCAAUGAUUGUGGAAAAAUCUUCACCAUGAAGAGCCGUCUAAUUGAACACCAGCGAACUCACACCGGAGAGAAACCCUAUGUUUGCAGCGAAUGUGGCAAAGGUUUCCCAGGGAAGCGUAAUCUCAUUGUGCAUCAGCGAAAUCAUACUGGAGAGAAAUGCUAUGUAUGCAGUGAAUGUGGGAAAGGCUUCACUGGGAAGAGCAUGCUCAUCAUACACCAGCGAACUCACACAGGAGAGAAACCCUACAUCUGCAGCGAAUGUGGGAAAGGCUUCACCACGAAGCACUAUGUCCUCAUACAUCAGCGAAAUCACACAGGAGAGAAACCCUAUCUAUGCAAUGAAUGUGGGAAAGGUUUCACCAUGAAGAGUCGACUGAUUGAACAUCAGCGAACUCACACCGGAGAGAAACCCUAUGUAUGCAACGAAUGUGGAAAAGGCUUUCCCAGGAAGAGUAAUCUCAUUGUACAUCAGAGAAAUCAUACGGUAGAGAAGUCCUACGUAUGCAGUGAAUGCGGGAAAGGCUUCACUGUGAAGAGCAUGCUCAUCAUACACCAGCGAACUCAUACUGGAGAGAAACCCUACGUCUGCAGCGAAUGUGGGAAAGGCUUCCCCCUGAAGAGUCGGCUGGUCGUACAUCAGCGAACACAUACCGGAGAGAAACCUUACAGAUGCAGUGAAUGUGGGAAAGGUUUCAUUGUGAAUAGUGGACUGAUGUUACAUCAGCGAACUCACACUGGAGAGAAACCCUAUAUAUGCAAUAAAUGUGGAAAAGGCUUUGCCUUUAAGAGCAAUCUCGUGGUACACCAGCGAACUCAUACUGGAGAGAAACCCUUUACAUGCAGUGAAUGUGGGAAAGGCUUCACCAUGAAACGCUAUCUCCUCGUACAUCAACAAAUCCAUACAGGAGAGAAAUCCUACGUCUGCAGCGAAUGUGGUAAAGCCUUCGCUGUGGAAACCGAGCUGAUUUUACAUCAGCAAAUUCAUACUGGAGAGAAACCUUAUGCGUGCAAUGAAUGUGGGAAAGGCUUCACUGUGAAGCCGUCUAAUCGUUCAUCAGCGAACUCAUACAGGAGAGAAACCUUUUAUAUGCGGUGAAUGUGGAAAAGGCUUCUCCUCAAAGAGAAAUCUGAUUGUACAUCAGAGAACUCAUAAUGGAAACAAACCCUAAUGACACAAUGACACCUUGAGGAGGAAAAUACGCCUUGUGCCACAUUGGAGAUUUCACACAGGAUUGACUUCCUUGAUUUGUACCGACUGUGGAAAAUCCUAUUCAGUACCUCCCAGGGAAUUUAUGCAGGAGACAAACUAUGUAUGUGGUGAGUGUGAGAAAGUCUUCCAACACCAAGUCAGCACCAUUGGACAUCAAAGAAUUCAUAGAAGAGAAAGACUCGAUGGGUUCAAUAACUGAGGAUUACAUUUCUCUCAUUUGUCAAGCCUCGUUAAUACACACAAGAAAUGGGGGCACCUGGGCGGCUCAGUUGGUUAAGCGUCCAACUUUGGCUGAGGUCAUGAUCUCACGGUUUGUGAGUGUGAGCCCCACAUCAGGCUGUGUGCUUUCAGUGCAACAGGCUCUGUGCUCUCAACACAGAGCCUGCUUCGGAUCCUCUGUCUCCCUCCCUCCCUCUCUGCCCCUGGCUCACUUGCAUUCUCUCUCAAAAAUAGACACUAAAAAAAUACACACAAAAAAUGUGUAAGUCAAAGUACAUAAUCCUUUGCAGGGAAUCUGAAGUUACAUACAAGUGAACCCAGGCAGGAGGCAAACAGUGAUAGUUCAGUGAACUCAUUAAACACCAGUGUGCUCCCAGCAUACCUGAAAAAGUCAGUGUAGGUUAAUUAGCCUGUUGCUAAAUUUUCACCCUUGGGAAGGUAGGGAAUUUUGGAUAGGAGUGAAAUCUAAUGGGUGCAGAGAAUGUGCUAGUGCCUUCAGUGAUCAGUUACCUCACACCGUAAGUCAAAACAGGUAGACAAAACCCCUGACACAUUCAAUGUGGAAACGUCUUGAGGAAACAUUUUUAGGUAAUUAUAUAUCUGAAAAGCAUACAGUAAGAUGAAUCUUGUGACUGGAGAGAGCAGGAAAGCCUCAUGGGAAUAAAGAUCCUGUCUAAUAAGUGAUCAUAACAGAUCACCAGUGAACUUACACACAGUAGCAACAUGAUGAUCGUGGGAAAGUCGUUGCCUAGAAGUAAAACCUCAAUAGUUGUCUGAAAGUCAUGCUGAAGGAAAAUGGCAGUGAAUAUGGCAGGAUUUUAGUGAUACAUUCUGCCUCAUCCUUUCUCAUGAAGUCAUGCAGAAAUAAAACUCAUGAACACACUAAAUGUGUUGGAACUAGCAAAAUACCAGAAAUUCUGAAGAAAAGAAGCCUCAUGAAAAUGAUGCACACCUGAGUUUUCUGUCACAAAUCUAAACUUAAUACACCUGAUGUCCAUUUUGGGGCAGGGUACCUUGAAUCACAUUCUCAGUGAUUCCAUAAUUUUAAAGCAGGGUGUUCUCACUGCUGAUUAAAUGUUAACGUUGUACACAAGGCAGGGGUGUUCUGUGCCCAACGUGUGUCAUCUGAUUCUUGCAUUUCUGAGGCUCUAAAUUCAUCUCUUUGGGCAAAAGAAAAAGGAAUAUAUUUAUAAAUGUAAUUUAACAUUUGGACGUAUUUAUCUGUUUAUAAGUUAGCAUUAAGUAGUUUACAGAAAUAACCUUAUAUAUGAUUUUUCUAAGUUUUUUGAAAUAAUUUUAGACUCACAAGAAAGUGUAAAGUAUGCAAAGUUCCUGAGUACCUGUACUCAGCUUCUUCAGUGACGUGAUCUUACAUAACUGUAAUACAUAAUCAAAACCAAUAAAAUAACAUUGGUACAAUGCUGUUAACUAUAGACCUUUUUUGGUUUUCACUAGUUUUUGCAUGCACUAAUUUGUGUGAGGUUUUGUUUUGUUUUUUAGUAGAGACUUCUAAGAAACUUUAUCACAUAUAUAGAUUUCUGUAAAUCCCACCACACCACAAGCAGGAAGCAGAAUUGUGCCAACACAAAGAAACAUCCUUGUGCUGCCCCUUAUAGUCACACUCUCCCCACAACCCUGACCCAUGGCAACCGCUGACCAGUACUCCAUCACUCUGAUUUUGUCAUUUCAAGGAUGCUGUUGAAAUGGGAUGAUUCAGUGUAGCCUUUGAAGACAGGCUUUAUUUUACGCAGCAAAUUGCCCUUAAGUUCCAUCCACUUUGUUGGGCAUAUAAAUAGUUUUGCUUUUUGUUAUGAGUAGUGUUCUUUUGUGAGGAAUGUACCAUGGUUAUCUGUUCAGCGUUGAUGGACUUUGAGUUGUUUCUAGUGUUUCACUGUUAUGAAUAAAGAUGCUAUGAAUCCA